UAUUUUGGCAAUACAGUGUGAUGAUAGAUUGCCCUCUGGUUAAAAUUUAGCAUUAUUUUAAUUUUUAGUUUAUGAAAAUUAAUCUAGUUUGAAUUCAGUGAGGUGUGUUUCAAGUCAAAUUAGAACAGUGGUGUAUGUAAAGUGUACUGUCGCUAUGUACAACUUCUCAAGUGCUCGUUUACAACCAUCAGUGCAAUGUGAUUCUGUCGAAGAUGAUAGUUAUCCAGCAACGAAUCUCGUAUCCCCUGACCCGCGAGUUCUGAGCGAAGGAUUUAUGGCAUAUUCCGUGACCAAACCACCCGUCGAAUUGGAGUUUCAGUUGUUUUGUCCAAUAGCCAUUCAUCGUAUCAAGGUGUGGACGAAAUUGGGAACCCUGAAAACUACCUGCGUAGAAAUUCUUUCCAAGAGCAAAAAUGGAAUGUUUCACAAAAUCGGAUCAGGCGAAUCUCAACACGCCGAUAUCUUCGAGUUUAUCAAUGCCAAAAGAGAAACGAGUUCUGAUUCAGCCUGCGCCCGUUUCGAUCUGUUUCCUACCAUGGGACAUUUGCUAGCAAGCAGCUCUGUGAUAAAAGUAGUUUUGCGAAAAACGGCUCGCUGCGUUCCUGUUUUAAGGAAAAUUGAGAUUUGGGGCAAACCUGCGAAACACUGCCAACAGUCUGUUAAGGAUUCUGUGCACAAAUUGUGGAUCCCUACUGAAACUUGCGUUCAUGAAGUUACCAACAAAGAGCUUACUACUGAAAUUAGAGAUAAGAUUGAUUCAAGAGUUCAAGACGUUCCCGAGGAAUUCCUGGACGAGCUGACCUGCGACAUAAUGUCUUUGCCAAUGAUUCUUCCCUCCGGCAAGGUAGUCGAUCAACGAACCAUAGAGCGGUGCAACCAACAGGAAGAAACGUGGGGUCGUCAACCGUCGGAUCCGUUCACAGGACUGAUCUAUACCGACAGCAGAAAGCCAAAGUUCUGUGCCGCACUAAAAUCGCGUAUCGACCAAUUUCUUAUCAAGCACUCUGACACGACCAAGUUCCAACACAUACCUCGAACCAUCGGAACGAAAUUUAAACCAUCUGCCCUGCAUUCGCGUGCCAACGUUCCAAAACGGAUCAAACAAUGCAGCAGCAGUGCACCUGUUUCGCUGAAUCUGUCCUGCUCGUCACUGGAAGCCGCCGUUAGUCAAGCGCUGGCCACGUCCAUAAGAUACACCCAACCCAACCCACCCGCACUCAACGUGGCCGUUACAUCCUGCCGGAGUUGCAUGGCGACGUCCGGAGCGUUGUACCGCAUUGGGACCUGCCAGCAUCUGAUUUGUCGUUUUUGCUUGGAUCUGCAGUACCAGGGCGAGUCGGCACCGAAAUCCGCUCGUACCAUAGCUGGUGCUAGCCAGCAGCUGAGAUUCAACUCGUCAGCCGCACCCGCUUCCGAUCCGGAUAGUCCCGUCGAGCUGGGGGAGAACCCAUUCGCCAAGGAACGAGUGCAGUGUAUUUUGUGCAAGCACAACGUCACGCCGGAUUACAAAAACGUGCAGCUUUUGUCGCAGUUUCAGAGUCCGUAUACGGGCCGGAUCUACGGCAAGCACAUCACGGGACUGUGCAAGGCCCGCCAGGAGCAGGUCGAGCGGGAAAUCAUCAAGGCGCAAAAUGCUGGCCUAAUGCCGGUUUACCACAAAGCUGUGCAGUUUCUUAAGGAUCCAAAGCUGUUUGAUCCGGAGAAGCCUGUUAGACCGCACAAAUAUUAGGAUUAGAGCUUUUGAUCGAUUGUUUCAAAUAUAGGAGCGAAAUAAUGUGAUUUUUUAGUCCAACACUUA